CACUCUCCCCGAACCCCCAAAGACGGCCAUCAUCAUCGUCGCCUUGCGUUCUUCUUCCCACCUCCCAAAAACCCUACACCCCGCGACGACCAACCGGCGGCCGCCAUGCUCCUCCGGCGACCACUUCAGGCGCUCACCCUUCCCCUCAUUCGUCGGCACUUCUCUGCCUCCGCCGCAGCGGUUUCCGCUCCAGAUCACAACAUCGACGAACUCCUGUCACCGCCGUUCGACUACCUCCCUGGUCACCCGCGGCCGGACGCGAAGCACGACGAGGUGAUCUUCGCCGUGCCGAGGGACAACUCUGGCCGGCACUUCGCGGCCAAGGAACGCAAGGCUGGGCGUGUGCCGGCCAUCGUCUUCGAGCAGGAGAAUGGCCAGGAGGGAGGCAACAAGCGCCUCGUCUCGGUGUCGUCCAAGCAGAUCCGCAAGCUCGUCGACCACCUCGGGCGAUCCUUCUUCCUCUCCCGCCUCUUCCGUCUCCAGGUUUGGUCCGAGCACGCUGGGCAGGGGGACCUCAUCGAGAGCGUCCGCGUCCUGCCGCGCAAGGUGCACUUGCAUGCAGGCACUGAUGAACCUCUGAAUGUGACAUUCAUGAGAGCACCUUCUUCGGCGCUGCUCAAAAUAGAUGUUCCUUUAAUGUACAUUGGAGAGGAUGCCUCACCUGGCCUCAGGAAAGGAGCUUACUUCAACACCAUAAAACGAACUGUCAAGUUUCUCUGCCCUGCUGACAUAGUCCCGCCAUACAUUGAAGUGGACCUAAGCGAGUUGGACGUUGGGCAGAAACUGCUGAUGCGUGAUCUGAUAGUCCACCCGGCGCUGAAACUGCUUCAGUCGCCAGAUCAACCCAUCUGUAGCAUUAUAGGGUCAAGGGCCCCCGACCAGAAGAAAGAGAAAGAGAAAUCAAAAUAACUUGCUCCACUGUAUUAACUAUUUGCAACAGAAUAAACUUGUUUUGCUAUCCAUGCUUGAGUUAUUCAGUUCUUGAUUAUGCCACCUAAAACGAAUAUUACUAGGAUGAUUUUGUAGCCAGAGACCAAGGAGUGGAAGACGGAUGCUACAUAUAAGAAUACGGCAGGAAUGUCCAAAUAUGUUUUAUGCGACGUUGUUCACAGAAACUUCACUGUGUGAUGUAUUUUGUCGGAUAAGCGUUUACCUGUUGACAAUCUGAUGGUUUUUCAUGCUGA